GAAAGAUAGGAAAAACAAAAAUAGAAAGUUUCAAAGUCCAAUGCACAGGAACUCGUUCAGAUAGAGAGGCAGAAGGAGACAGGGAGAGGUCAUAUCCGGAUCUUAAAAUAUAGAAUAUACAGCCAUGGUAUGUUCUGGCGUCUCCAAUCUGGGUUUUACUUUCCUCCAAUUUUCUUAUUCUUUUUGAGCGCUCCGAAUGCUUGCAGAUUAGACCAUCUUUCAAGACUUAAAAGAAGAAUUUUGUUGAAUUACUACAGCAUGAAGAUCCCUUGCAUAAAUUGCUUUUCUUCAGUAUCAGCAACGGACAACAGCAGACACGAUGAACAAAGUCUAGAGAAUUUCCGCGUGUUCGCUUGCAACGAACUUAAAUCAGCCACCAAUGACUUCCAUCCCUCGUCCAAGAUUGGAGAAGGCGGCUUUGGAUCUGUCUACAAGGGCCGGCUGCGAGAUGGCUCCCUCGUGGCUGUAAAAGUUCUGUCCAUCGAACUAGACUCGAUGCGAGGCGAGAGAGAGUUUAUAGCUGAAAUAGCGUCACUUUCCGACAUCAGACACGAGAAUCUUGUUACCCUUCGAGGCUGUUGUGUUGAUGGAGCUAAUAGAUACAUAGUCUACGAUUACAUGGAAAACAACAGCCUUGCCCACACCUUACUUGGCAGAGAGCAGAACAGGUUGAGAUUUAGUUGGGAAGUAAGGCGGGAUGUUGUGUUAGGAGUGGCUCGUGCACUUGCCUAUCUCCUCGAGGAGGUUCAACCCCACAUUAUCCAUAGAGAUAUCAAGGCCAGCAACAUACUUCUUGACAGAAAUUUUACCCCAAAAGUUUCAGAUUUCGGGCUGGCAAAGCUGCUUUCCGACAGCAAUACCCAUGUUAGUACUCGUGUUGCCGGAACAUUAGGCUAUCUGGCUCCAGAAUAUGCCAUCAGCGGACAUUUGACUCGAAAAUCAGAUGUCUACAGCUUCGGGGUGCUGCUCUUGGAAAUUGUCAGCGGGCGGCAAGUCGUGGAUUUUGGCCUGGGCUAUGGGGAACAGUUCCUAGUUCAGAAGGUAUGGGAAUCCUACAAGGCUAAAGUGCUUGUAAACUUGGUGGAUCCGACCCUUAAGAUGAAUUUCCCGGAGGAAGAAGCUGUCCGAUUCUUCAAGGUUGGCCUACUUUGUGCUCAGGAAACUGUGAAGCACCGGCCACGAAUGUCAAUGGUUGUUAAGAUGUUGAACAAUGAAAUGGACAUGAAAAAUGUCAAGAUUUCGGAACCUGGACUUAUUGCUGAUUUCAUGAAUAUCAGAAUGCGCCAAACCCCUUUAUCUGAGCGCUCAAGUUCCUCUUUUGGGACAACCAUAGGGAGUUCAGCCAAUGUUAGCCGAUGAAGCAGCAAAAUCCUUGCAAGUUGGAGCAUUUAAUGAGGAACAAGAAAAUGGGAAUGUGUCUUUUUGCGCUAGAAGCUUAAUUUUUCAAACUCCAAUUCAGAGAUUACACUUUCCACUGGGGACUGGGGUUUUAGCCACAGCAAGCACCAGGCAACUUGUCCCAAAAGCAGUUUUCGUGUGUUGUUUUGUUUAGAUAAGACCAACAAUGGCUGUGUUUGAAGAAGCCUUUACAAUUGGAGCUGAGAUUUCUGCAGCAAAAUUGUUUUUUUGAGCUUGAUCUUCUGGAGAUAUGAUCUUGUGAACUAUGUAAGUAGUCAUUUCAUUUAUAUUCGAUUGAAUUUUUUUCUUCUAA